GGCAGAACGGAGACGGGGAGAAAGCGUUCUCCCUCUCUCGCACUCGGUCGCUUUCGUUUUCUACCUCCUCCUCCAGGCUGAGUUUCGCCGCCUGGCCGGUGGGCCGGCUGGGUGAAGCUGAGACUCGGGAGUGGGGGAGAAGCUAUGGUGGCCAAGGCAUCGAGGACCCCGUUUUAACUCAGCUGCCCCGGGAUCCGGACCGAGUUGGCCGGCCGAAAAGCGAGCGGACGGCGGCGCCAUGGAGGCGGAGGAGCCACUGAUGGAGAGCGAGAGUUUCCUGCGGACUGAGGUCGAGCGGCUGAACCGCGAGCUGAGCGAAACAACCCAGGAGAAGAUCCAGGCGGCCGAGUACGGGCUGGUGGUGUUGGAGGAGAAGCAGAGCCUCAAACAACAGUAUGAGGAGCUGGAGAGCGAGUAUGAGACAGUCAAACAGGAGUUGGAGCAGCUCCGAGAGGCUUUUGGUCAGGCAUACAGCAACCAGAAGAAAGUAGCAGCUGAUGGAGAGAGCCGUGAGGAGUCCUUGAUUCAGGAGUCCGCUUCUAAAGAGGCAUAUUAUGUUGGGAAGAUUCUGGAGCUGCAAACAGAACUAAAACAGUUGAAAAAUGUUCUCACCAAUGCCCAGUCUGAAAAUGAUCAUCUUGCUUCAAUCACACAGCAGCUAAAAGAGAGCAGUCAAGUUGUGGAGCUCCAGAGGAAUCGCCUACGUGAUGAUAUUAAAGAAUAUAAAUUCCGUGAAGCAAGGCUUUUGCAAGAUUACUCUGAGCUUGAAGAUGAAAACAUCUCUCUUCAGAAACAAGUCUCUGUACUUAAACAAAACCAGGUUGAAUUUGAAGGUCUUAAACAUGAAAUUAAAAGACUUGAGGAAGAUACAGAAUUCCUCAACAGCCAAUUAGAAGAUGCCAUCAGACUGAAAGAAAUAGCAGAACGCCAACUUGAGGAAUCCCUGGAGACGUUGAAGAAUGAGCGUGAACAGAAGAACAAUAUGCGGAAAGAAUUAUCUCACUAUAUGAAUAUCAAUGAUUCGAUGUAUACUAGUCAAUUGAAUAUAUCUCUGGAUGGAUUGAAGUUUAGCGAUGAUGGCAAUGAGCCAAACAAUGAUGAGAUGGUUAAUGGUUAUGAAAACAACAGCCUCAGCAAAAUGAAUGGCGAUAAUAAGCUCCCCACUCCUAAGAAAAAUGAUGUCUUUAAGCCAGCACCAAGUUUGGUGUCCGAUUUGCUAAGUGAACUGAAUAUUUCUGAAAUUCAAAAACUGAAACAGCAGCUGAUGCAGGUAGAAAGGGAGAAGACCACCUUACUUGCUACUCUCCAAGAGUCCCAAAAGCAGUUAGAACAUGCAAGAGGUGCUUUGUCAGAACAGCAUGAAAAAGUUAGCAGACUCACCGAGCAUGUCAGUGCUAUGAAGAAACUGCAGGCUAGCAAAGAACGACAAACUUCACUUGAUAAUGAGAAAGAGCGAGACAGUCAUGAAGAUGGAGAUUACUAUGAGGUAGACAUAAAUGGACCUGAGAUUCUGGAGUGCAAGUACAAGGUAGCGAUAGCUGAUGUAAAUGAACUAAAGGAAGAACUAAAAAAUCUGAAGGCCAAGUACACUGAUAAUGAGAACAAAUAUGAGAAAGAGAAGGCAAGAAAUGAAAGUGAAAUUCAAGUAUUGACAGAAAAACUUGCACUACUGGAAAAAACUAAUAAACAGGACCGGGACCAGGUAAUCUGUCUUGAAAAGGAACUGAAGAAAGUGAGUGAGGUAGCUGAAGGAACCCAAGGUAGCUUGACUGUUGCUCAAGAUGAGCUGGUCACUUUCAGUGAAGAAUUGGCAAAUCUGUACAACCAUGUUUGUAUGUGCAACAAUGAGACACCCAACCGGGUGAUUCUGGAUUACUUCAAGGAAGGCAAAGGUGUUCGCAGUAGUCCAGAAGGUAAAGAAAGAAGAUCACCAGUUCUGCUGACAAAGGGACUUUUUCCAGGAGAGAUGGGAAAAAUUGAAAAUGGUAAUGGAGACACUGUAUCAUCAUCUGGUUCACCUUUGCCCUCCCCAAUGUCUUACUCCAGUGAUCCACGUAAAGAGCCAAUGAACAUUUACAACCUGAUUGCUGUCAUUCGAGACCAAAUCAAGCACCUUCAAAAAGCAGUUGAUAGAUCAACAGAACUAUCCAAACAGCGUCCUGCAUCACCUGAACUCGGGCCAGCGGCAGACAAAGACAAAGAAGUAUUUAUGGAUGAGAUCUUGAAACUGAAGUCCUUGUUAAGUACCAAGAGAGAGCAAAUAGCAACACUGAGGACAGUACUCAAAGCGAACAAGCAGACUGCUGAGGUAGCCCUUACAAAUCUAAAAAGUAAAUAUGAGAUCGAGAAAGCUAUGGUCACUGAGACCAUAUUGAAGCUGCGUAAUGAACUCAAGGCUUUAAAAGAAGAUGCUGCUACUUUCUCAUCUUUGAGAGCCAUGUUUGCAACAAGAUGCGAUGAAUAUGUACAUCAGCUCGAUGAAAUGCAGCGUCAACUUGCUGCUGCCGAGGAUGAGAAGAAGACUCUGAACUCUCUUCUUCGCAUGGCCAUUCAGCAGAAACUGGCACUGACUCAACGGCUGGAGGACUUAGAAUUUGAUCAUGAACAGUCCAAGCGUGGCCGAACCAAGUCGUGGACCAAAACCAGAGCUAACAACCCCAGUGUAAGUCAUGUUCGCUCUUGUGUUGUCAGACAAGAGGGAGUAGUUGUCAGCAACCAGAUGUAUUGCAGUGAGAAGUACAAAAUCUGCUGUGAUUGAUUGUGAUAUACAGGGGAUUCACAAGAGAUUGGAUAGUAAAUAGGUGUAACGCUUUGGUGUGCAGCACAGUAUUAAUGCCCUGUUUUCUUAGCAUUGCAAUAUGUUUAUCUGUAUUGGAUUGUUAAUUGUAUGGAGAUGAAGUAACUGGAUUAGUGUGGCAUAUACAUUUUGUAACUUACGGUCUUAAUUGUGAUACCUGUACAUAUAUGGGAACUGUGGUAUUUCUGAGCUGUCAAUUCAUUCUAUCAGCUUGAUCCAACACCACCGUCUGAAGUCUGUAUAGUACAAAUGUGUUUUUUUUUCCAACCAGUUUAGUUUGCACUUCAUCUUCCAGACAAAGGGUUAUCUUUAACAGUAUGCUUUGCAUAUGUUUACAGUAUUGAUAUAUGCAAAUUCAUCCCAACUCCAUUUAAACUUCAAUUUUGUUUUACCAAAAUUAUACUCAAGAUGAUGAGCAGUUUUAGAAAUGCUUUGAGAAUAAUUGUAAUUUCUUUCAGAAUGAAAAGGAUUAUGGAGUUUUAUAUUUACUAAUACUGUUCUUGAACCUGUUUUAAGUAUAGUAGGUGUGAAGAUUAUAUCCUGAGCAAGAGACUGAUUUUUGUCUCUGUAUUCCAGUAUUGAAAACACAACACAAUGCUUCAGUGUUAGUUCAUGCCACUGGUGCUUGCAGGCUAUGAAUUUGAAAAUGUCUCCCAUGUUUAUUUAUUCGAGCACAGGCAGUGUGGAACUCUCCAUUGUGUGACAAUAUAGGACAUGGAGGAAGUCCUCUUAUUAAAUAUGAGUAAUUUCAAAACUUGCAGUGAAUGUGUUAAUUUUUAUUUCAUAAGAUUUUGCUUUGAAUUCAACAAAUACAGUAACUGACUGCAGCAGUGUCUAUUAUUUACGUAGAACAGUACAGCACAAGAACAAGCCUUUGACCCACCAUGGCUGCACUACCAUGAUGCUAUUCUAAACAAUCCCAUCUGCCUGCACAUAGUUCGUAUCCCUCUCUUCCCUGCCUGUUCGUGUGUCUGCCUAAAUGCCUCAUAAACGUUGCUAUUAUAUUUGCUCUGCCACCUCCCCUGGCAACAUGUUCAAGGUGCCUACCACCCUCUGACGUUAAAAAGAAAUCUUGCCUUGCACCUCUCCUUCAAACUUUCACCUUAAAGCAAUGUCCCUUGUAUCCGUGCUCCUCAUAAUUUUACAUACUUCUAUCAGGUCACCCCUGAGCCUCUGAUUUGAGUGAAAGCAAUCCAAGUUUGUAAAACCUCAUACACUCCAAUCUAGGCAAAAUCCUGGUAAAUCUCUUUUGCCUCCUGUCCAAAAUCUUCCGAUAGUGCGGUGACCAGAACUGCACAUAAUACUCCAAAUGUAGCCUAACGAAAAUGUUAAACUGCUGCAAUAUGACUUGCUUAACUUUUAAACUCGGUGCCCUGACCAAUGAAGGCAAGCAUACCAUACGGCUUCCUAACCACCUUUUCUACGUGUGUUGCCACAUUCAGGGAGGUAUGGAUUUACACUCCGAGAUCCCUCUGCAUACCAAUUCUCCUAAGUGUCCUACCAUUUAUUGUAUACUUUCCUCUUGCAUUUGACCUUCCAGCCUGCAUCACCUCACUUGUCUGGUUUGAGUUCCAUUUGUCAUUUCUCACCCAACUUUUCAACUAUAUCCUGCCGCCUUUGACAACAUCCUCGCUGUUCACAACUCCUCUAGCAUUCAUGUUGGAAAACUUAAUAGAAGUUGAAGCACUUUGAUGCUGUUAAUUUAAAUAAGCAUAAAAUGAAACACACAUAAUGGACUGAGGCUGCAUCAAAUUUGGUAAUCUGUUAUCAAACAUAUCUGCUAUCAGUCACAAAUUUCCUUUGCCUAAGCAAAAUCCCUCCUUGAACCCUGCUAUUUCUCUUUGCCAGUAGCUUUGUGUUUUUAAUACCACCACAUUGCAUACAAGUAGCUGGGAGGUUUGUUUUAAUAUGAAAAUUACGGGCAUUGCGUACCUUCUGGUUCCAAAAAAGUAUCAUAUUAUGACUUGGAAUAUCCAUACCUUGUGAUAUGUAAGCUUAAAUGUUUCACCACCUUCUUUAAAUAAACUUUAUUCAUCUCCUCCUACCCACUUUAAAAAGAUUUACCAUGAAAUAACUACAUGUUAGAAAUGAAUUUAAAUUGUAGAUCCAGAUUUCUAAAUGAAUAAAGUUAAAAUAUUUUGUAUACUUAACUGGCCACAGUGCAUCAAAAGACUGCAAUUGAAAGCUGUUCUGCUCCCAGUUAAAACAUAUUGGCAUUUAUGUAUUACUCACUGUUGUUGUGAAGGUAGUAAGAAAUAGUUAUCAGUUUUAGAAACCGAGUUCUAUAGUAAAGCCUUUCGUAUUAAAUACUUGUUAACUUGUGAAGCAGCUGUGCGACCUAAUAUUUUCUUUAAAUGCACAGCAGUUUCUGUAGUAAUUGAUUUAGGCUACUGAUUUAGAGUAUGACUUCACAGACCAAAAUAAAAGAACAAAGUUUGUUCUUUUAGCUACACUCAAUGCAUUAUUACAAAUGAUUGUUCUGUCUGAGUGCUUUCAGUCCUACUUUAAAGUAGGAUUGAAAGAUUUUUAUUCUUCGAAGUAAUAACUUAUGACACAGCAAGGAUACUGAAGAGUUGAACAUUUUAAAAGUUUGAAACAACCUGUGAUAGUGAACCGGAAAUUUGCCAUUGUUGAAAUCAUGUAUACAAAGUAUUUGUUAAAUUCAUCUUGGUUGUGUGCUGCGCAGUCUUUCGAAGGCCUUUGAUCUACUGGUAAUUAUCAUCUUUGCAUUGAGUGUUAAGCACCAGUGGUUUGAAUUAACCUAGCAUUUAGAUAUGACUUUAAACAUUUUUACUAUAUUUGAAGCAGGCAUAUUUGCUUUCAUAUUUCAGGAAACAUUUUAAUAAUGCAGUGAUUUCCGUUUAGUAGUACAAAACAAAAUUUGAUAACAUAUGGUAUUAUCUAAUUGCUGUUAUGACACAGCACAUGAAAUCCAUAUAAUGCCUACCUCUGUAGCAGACUGUCUAUCCUUUUGGCUUCUGGCUGCAUUUGCUACUGCUUUUAGAAGUCUACAUAUAAUGAGCUGCAUGUCUCUCUUAUCUAAUGGCUUUGUAAACCAAUUCCUGUGAUAAAUGAUCUCUUUGCAUGGCCAAUAACAGGCCACUCAAUACUUGUGAGGUCAACUUCCUAUAAAUGGUUCUCAGCAUGUUAUAUGCUUUAUGUUCCACAGUAAUCCAAAAUGGUCAGUUUUGAUCACUAACAGUCCACAGUUUGCAUUAACAGAUUAAUAUGACUAGCAAACCUUGUGCUAUGCAUUCUUCAUGAAUUGCUUCUUGUGCAAGUGGUAAUUUGUAAUAAGGGUUUUGGCUAAUUUUUUUUUUUAUUUUCCCUUUUUCAGCGAUAAAAGUCCCUGGAACAGGACUUUCCAGCCAAGAGUGCAGUUUUUAAAAAAAAAAAAGCUAGGGUAGUCGGUUGCACAAAAUGACCUAAUAGUGAAGAGAACACUAUUGAACCACAUUAAUAAUAGAGGCAGUAUAAUUUGCUGCCUUGUGUUUGUUUUGCACUGCAAGUUGCAAACAUGAACAAAAUUACAUUAAAAUGGCUGCUGCAGGAAGAGAAACUCACAAGUGUUGAAGAAAUCUUCAAUAAUUUGAUUAACAUUAUGCUUUAUGAUAUAAUACACAAUUUUGAGAUGUUAUGAUAUUCAUAUAUGUUUCCCAGUUACUUGUUGUUUUUAAUCAGACGUUAUACCUGUGCACUUUGAUAUUUUUUGAUUAUUAGAAAGGUAGAAAAUGCUGGAGUUUGUGGAUAUAACUCUGCCGGUCGUGUCUUUACUUGGUGUGAUAGAGUUCUGCAUCCGCAUGCUGCAGAGGAGUCAAUUAUAUUUUUAACCUGUGUUCAAAUUAUAUUUUUACACCACCGGAAUUUGUGCUUCAGCAUUUUCUCCAUUAGAAUUUUUGUUUUGCAUAUGUUAACUGCCACUUCUAAAUCCAGGGUGAUCCAAUUCUGGGGUUUUCUUGUAUAUUAUUCUUAGGAAUAGCUCAAUGUAACAAGGAAAAGAACUUGACUUUUUUUUCUGGUAAUGGUAAUAAGCACUUGAAAAGUAGUAUUACCAACAAAUUCCAGGAUUUCUGGGUUUUAAAAAUAUCAAGUAUCAUUGACUUAAUAGAAUUUUUUACAAGGCGCCAAAUAAAUUCCAUUUUGGAAUUGUUUCCUUAUUUCUUUUUUUUAUUGUGCCAAAACUUGGUACACCUAGAAGAAAAAUCUAAAAGAUUGUUUGUUGUGGGGUGUUCUGUUUCCAUGCCUUCAUUUUGUUAAUCCUGCCAGCAGUGCCUUUGAUGAUUUUAAACAGUGUGCUUGUUCCUACAAUUAUGUUUUUGUGAACUAAAAAGUAUUCAGAUUUCAAAAAGAAAGGAUUAAGCAAUAAGUGCAACUGAGAACCCCCCUUUUGCACACAGUUUCCAGUGUAGUCUUAAUUUUACAAAUAAAUUGUAUGAAAUUCUUCUAUCUCGAUGAUACUUCUGAAAUGCAGAUUCAUGCAAAUUCAGGGGAUGCUAUUUUGGGAACCAAAUCAAGUGAGUUUGGACUCCUAACAGACACAAUAAAUUGUAUUAACACAUUUGUGGUUACAGUACAGAUGACUGUAUCACAUGUUAUCUUAGCUUUGGUGAUGGUUGCAAAUAACUGGUAUUGUUAGCAGAUGUGAAAACAUUAAGACAUUAACUUUCCUUACCUGCUGUAUAAUCAUUGUGUAAGUUCAGCAAACAGAAAAUAGAUGCUGCAUCAACAAACCAUAAACCAUGGAAUAAACUGGUGAGGUUUGUUGAGGACAACUUCUGACAAAUUGGUCAAAUUUAGAAGUAACUUUAAAUUAAGUGCAAUUUAAAUGAUGAAUUUUACAUUAUUGCAAAAAAUAUUUUCUGUUCGCUGGAAGAAUGGUGUAAUUCUUAUCCUUUUUGUUACAGUAUUGAUCAUAAUCUCAGUAACAUUAAAAAAUGUAUUUCAUGUGGGUAUUUAUUUGAAGCAAUUUUCACAGUACUGUAUUACUUCUUAUGUGCAUUAUCACUUAGUGGCAGGUUGGCUUAAACAUAAUGUUAUAUGCAUGUGUGCCAGCCUAGAGACCUUUACACAGAUUUUUUUAUACAAUUAAUUGAAGAUUUUUAAAAUGUGUGGAACUAAAGGCUUGAUAGACUUUGGGAAAUAUUGAACAUUGGACUUGCAAACAUAUAAAACCUGACAAAAGGUUUUUUGUACCAGGAUUAUAUCUGUGUAAAGGUAAUCCUAUUGGCUAUGUCAAUAAAUGUGAUUACAACUAAAA